AUGCCGGAGACGGUGGUGUCCGACAAUGGACCACAACUGGUGUCCGAAGAGUUCAAGGCGUUUAUGCGGGACGUCGGGGCCAGACAUGUCGUGAGCGCCCCUUAUCAUCUAAGCACAAAUGGCCUGGCGGAGCGGUUUGUGCAAACGUUGAAGUCUGCUCUGCGCAAGUCACUGCCCGUUGUGGUUCUCGCCGCAAGAGAACGCUGGAAGAAAAAAAUGGCGCUGCCGUUCAUCGUGCAGUGGUUGCAGCUGCAGGCAGAAAGAGAAUUCCGCGAGCACUGCGAUGCUUUCUCGAUGCCCGAGGAAUUAUUUCGCCUACGGUACCGCCUGACGAAGGACAUGGUGCGAUGGCUGUGCGGAGAACUUCGCCGGGACCUGGAGAGGCGGCGUACGGGCACGAGAACCGCCUUGACCGUUGAGCAGCAAGUGCUUUGCGCCCUUCGCUUCUUCGCCACCGGCAGUUACCAGGGCGCGAUCGCAAGCGACGAGGACGUGGCGACGAGCCAGUCCAGUCGAUCGUCGAGCGCCUCGGGCGAUGAGUGGAUCGCCUUCCCUGCCAGCGCGCAGGAACUGGCCGCGGCGAAAGAAGGCUUCGUCCACAUGGACCCAAGGUUUGAAGGCUGCAUAGGGGCGGUCGACGGCACGUUCGUCUGCAUUCGGGCACCGUACGAAAGGGACGACGGCAACAAGGCUGCUUACUUUUGUCGCAAGGGCUUUUAUGCCCUAAACGUCAUGGUGGUGUGUGACGCAACCCUGCGGAUCACUGCCCUGGAUCCCUCGUACCCAGGCUCUGUGCACGACGCUUUUGUGUGGAGGGCAUUCACCUUGAGCCAGGAGUUCAACGGUGGCAGCCGUGGCCAGGGUGGUGAAUUCCUGCUUGGUGACAGCGCAUACCCGCUGCAGCCUUGGCUGCUCACCCCCAUCCCUGGAGCACAUCAAGCGGGAUCCCCUGCUGCCCGGUUCAAUCGUGCCCACUCCUCACUGCGGUGUGUCGUGGAACGGUGCAUUGGAGUCCUGAAGGCCCGCUUCCGGUGCUUGCAGAGGUACAGAGCACUGUACUAUGGCCCCCUCUUCACGUCGAAGAUCAUCUCAGCUUGCGCGGUGCUUCACAACCUUUCUGUUCGGCAACAACUGCCUGAGCCAGAUGACAUCCCUGGCACUGAGGAAGGAGAAGAUCCAGACGUUUACGCUGAUGAUGACGGCGAUGUGGCAGCAGUUGGCAUGUACCAGGCGGGUACGCAAAGGCGGGAUCGCCUUCUGCAGUGGUUCACAGCUGGCCGGGACAGCACGUGA